CCCCGCCCAGCCGCGGGGCUCAGUGGGAAAGGAUCGAAGUCGGUCGCUUUUCGGGAGCUGGAGGUAUUUUUCUGGCCUUGGGAACCUUGCCGCGAUGUGGUUCGAGAUUCUCCCCGGGCUCGCUGUCAUGGGCGUGUGCUUGCUCAUCCCCGGCAUCGCCACCGCGCACAUUCACAAGUUCAGCAACGGGGGCAAGGAGAAAAGGGUAGCCUAUUAUUCAUAUCACUGGUCUUUGAUGGAAAGAGAUAAGCGAGUCUCUGGAGUUAAUCGUUACUAUGUGUCAAAGGGUUUGGAGAAUAUUAAUUAAGGAAGCACUUCCUGAUUAACAAUAACUCAGCUUUGCUCAUCUACUCCUGCUAGAAGGUUAUGCAGUAUAUUAUGUAAUGCAUAAUAAAAGUUAAAAAGUAAAA